UGUAUGCAUUUGCAUGUAUAUAUGUAUAUAUAUCCGCGGAGGAAAAAAAUAAACGGUUUUUUUAAUAUAGAGAAACUAUGAUUAAACUCAACGUUCUUGAUAUCGUACUCUUCGUGUUGGUUGUCGGUCUUCAUCCCUAUACUGAAGGCCAAGUGCUCCCUGCGGUGCCGGCUGCCCCCUUUUCUCCUCGCCCACUUUGUAACUACCAAAUGGCGCUUGCGAACCAAGCAUGUGCGUAUUUACCGUUCACACAAAUCCCUCCACCGUCACCUCGGGCACCAUUUGACGCACCACCAUCCGAGGAUGAGGACACGCCACCAUCUGACGAUGAGGACACACCCCCAUCCGAUGACGAGGAUACACCCCCAUCCGAUGAUGAGGACACGCCACCAUCCGAUGAUGAUGAUGACGAUGAUGAUGACGAGGACACACCACCAUCGGAUGAUGAUGACACACUUGAGCCCGAUCACAGGCAUAGACAUGAACAUGAUGACACUGACCCUAACCCUCAUGGUGAUGAUGACGAUGAUGAUGACGACGACGAUGACGACGACGAUGACCGUGGCGGUGGCGGUGGCGGCAAAGGCGGCGGCAGUGGCGGUGGCGGCAAAGGUGGCAGUGGUGGUGACGGUGACCGUGAUGGCGGCCGUGACCGCGACCGCGACCGUGGCCGUGGCCGUGACCGUGACCGUGACCGUGGCCGUGGACGUGGACGUGGCCGUGACCGUGGCCGUGGACGUGACCGUGGUCGUGACCAUAAACGUGGCCGUGGGCGUAAACACCGUCAUCAUCAUCAUAGGCAUAGAAACACACCCGUAGAAGAACAAUGCUGCAAGUGGUUGGCCCAGGUUGAUGAUCAGUGUGUGUGCGAACUUCUCGUUAAGUUACCGCCCUUUCUUGCUAGACCGGUUCAUCAGUACAAUGUAAUAAUCGGUCGAGCUUGCAACUUCACUUUCUCAUGUGGAAGUGGAUUCUGGAAAUAAGUUUGUUUUAUAUAAAAAAAAAAGUUACAGUUUUUAUGCUUCUGUAGUUCUGCAGAUUGUGAUUUUAUAUAAAAGUUACAAUUUUAUCUUUUAUUUUUGCAUCUAUAUGACUAUAUCUAUAGUUCAACAUGUUAUAAUACAAGUAAAUUUCAAUUUUCAA